AUGUACAACGAUGUAAAAGCUAUGCCGCUCAGUAACAAUACUAUUAGCAGAAAAAUAUAUGGAAUGGGUAAAUAUAUUCAAAAACAACUUGUUGAAAAGCUGAAAACAAGAAAUUUUUCAGUGCAAGUGGAUAAAUUAACUUUGAGAGACAUUGAGGCAGUAUUGAUACUCAUAUCAUGUGCUGCUGAUGGUGCUCCUAAUAUGAUGGGCAAGAAAAAUUCCUGCUUAAAAUUUAUGAAAGAUGCGAAUCCAGAAAUAAUUCUUGUGCAUUGUGUUAUUCAUAGGGAGAACUUAGUAGCUAAAAACAUCUCGCCUGUUAUAAAUAACGCACUAUAUUCCGUAAUAAAGUCUAUUCCGUCUAUUCAAGCUAUUUUGUGA